GGGGUCCCACGGAAAACACGGCACGUCCCGCCAGGGUCCAGCUGCGGCGGAGACUAAUCCCGCUCCUGUUCCCGAUCUCCGUCCCGACCCCACUUCCGAUCCCGCUCUUGUUCCCGAUCCCGCUUCCCGUCCCGACUCCACUUCCGAUCCCGUUCCCGGACCCGAUCCCGGUUCCCGUCCUGAUUCCCGUCCCGCUCCCGUUCCCGAUCCCGGUCCCGAUUCCCGUCCCGCUCCCGGGUUGGCGCAGGGCAGCGGAGCGGAUCGCUGCGGGCUGACGUCAGGACGGGGCCGGCGCUUCCCGCUGGCGGAGCGGGGCGGGCGGCGGGGCCGGGAGCGGCAGAUUAAGCACCAAUGGCAUUUGUGAAGAGUGGAUGGCUGCUCAGGCAAAGUACUAUUCUACGGCGCUGGAAGAAGAACUGGUUUGACCUGUGGUCUGAUGGCCGUUUCAUAUUCUAUGAUGACCCAAAUCGCCACGAUUUAGAAGAUAAAAUCCACAUGAGAAUCCACUGCAUCAACCUCAGGGUGGGAAAUGAAUGUCGAGAUUUCCAGCCUCCAGAGGGGAAGCAGAGAGACUGUUUACUUCAGAUAGUUUGCCGUGAUGGGAAGACAGUCAACCUCUGUGCAGAGAGUGCAGAUGACUGCCUGGCAUGGAAAAUCGCUCUCCAGGAUGCCAGAACAAACACAGGCUACGUGGGAUCUGAUGUGAUGUAUGAUGAGACAGCCAUUUCCUCAGCCCCUCCACCCUAUACAGCUUAUGCCACACCAACACCUGAGGUUUAUGGCUAUGGCUACAACCAGUACAAUGGUGUAUGUCCCCCUCCUGGUCCUCAAGUCUUCUACACCUCCAGUGGACAAGCUUAUGCUGUUCCCUAUCAGUAUCCAUACCAAGGACCUUAUGGGCAGCCUCCUGCAAACCAUGUCAUCAUUCGAGAGCGUUACCGUGACAGUGAUGGAGAUCUUGCCCUGGGAAUGCUUGCUGGAGCAGCAACUGGAAUGGCUCUGGGAUCAUUAUUCUGGGUCUUCUAGCUGACCCUUUCCUUACCUUUGUAGUUCCCCAAACCUUUAUUGUGUGCAAUAAUAUAUUGGCAACGUUACUUACUGUUAAACUUUAAGAAAUGCAAUAGUUAUUUUUCAGUAGUGACAUCUUAUUAAAUGAUUCUUAACUGUCCUGAGGAGAGUUCAAAGGCACCCUUUAGCUGAGUGGUUGGAGGUGGCACCUGCUGCUCUUAAAUCCUGUUCAGAUGUUGGGAGUUCUUAGGGUUUGUGCUGAUAAAGAUCAAGGUGAGCACAAGUGUAACAUGGUAGCAGUCACCACUUUUGUGAACAGACUGUUCUUAUAAACACCACAGAAAAAAAUGGGGGUUUGGGGGCAUCUAAAAUCUUGUCCUACCAGGAGAUUUUCAGUAGCUCUGCAAACCCUGCAUUGGUUUAUUUGUAAACCAAACAUUCCCUGGCUUCUAAACAUUCCCUGAACCAACCUAUGGCUCAGCAGAAACUCCUUGGCAUUAGGAAGCCUGCUAUGCUUGAGGACUUUUUUGCCUGCAGAUGGUAGUGUAUUUUUUAUGGAUGGAGUCCUGUCUGUCUCCCCAUCCAGGUGAAGUUGUCUUCAAGAACAUAUAAGCAAACUGCUAAGAGGUGGCACCACUCCUCAGCUCUUUUGUUGUCCUCCCAGAAAUGUGAAUGCUCAGUGGCAGGGAAGACCAGUGGGUUUUUUUUGUUCCACCUCCCUCUUUACCCUGAAUCCCUCUUGAUAGUGAAGUAAUGGAUCUUUAGCUUGGCAAGUGGUCUGUCUUGUCUGUAGAGCAGUCACCUCAGACCAACCCCAUGCUGAGGAAGAGGCCACUGUGACCUCUCUGUCACUACUGGCAUGGCACUGCAAAGUCUGCAGAAUUAACUUGAACAACCCUUUCCCUGUUGGGCCUACCAGAACCCCUCUACAGGCUGUAACAGUCAAGAGAGGAGAGACAAAUAGCACAAGUAGACCUUGCACACAGGCACUUUGAUACCAGCUGCUUUGCCAUGGCUCCUGGGGCUGCCUUUUAGCCUCCAAAGUUUCCUGAACCAGGUUCAUUAUUGGCAAUUAGUUUUGAGCACAGCUGAGCCUGGGUUUGUUCUGUGCACACUCCCCCCCCUCAAGUUCAGCAGCUUGUUUCCUUCCCUCACUUGGUAAGGAAAACACUCCAAGGAACCUGGCUGUCUUUGCCUCACAACAUGUACUCCUGCAGGCUGCUGUGCUAGGGAUUGUGAUCUGGAGUGCAACUGGGAUGCAUGUUGUGUGUCCUGUUACUUUAUCCUGUUAAAAUCCAUGCUGAGCUGUGCUUGGCAGGGGAAAGAAAGCUCUGAAUACAUGUGCUUUCUUCUUCAGGUAAAAGAGGUAGGGUGCCUAAGUUGAGUUCUUUAUAGUAAGAGGACUUAUUUUUAUACUUUCAGCUUCCUGUAUUCAUACUGUUUUAAUAUGUUGUCUUAUGCUUUCAUUCAGAAGUAGUUAAUUUCCUUAAGCUUUGUGGUGUUGCUGGUAUGUCAGGAAAGAUGAAAAGAGGUGAGACCUCUCACCCACAUAAAUUAAGAUCAAGCUGCAGCCUUUUUCAUUGCACCCUAAAGCUGUCUUGGCUCCAUCCUACAGAUUUAAGCAAUAGGUCUUGGGACAAAUUUGAGUAGCAGACAUGGGAAGCACUAAGCUUUACAUGGCUCUUAGGACCAACUCAACAAACAGGAAUAACUGUAAAGUAAACAGAUGUAAUCUUGGCUGCAUUACUAAGAGUGGGCUUGUUUCAGGGAAUGUAAACUUAUUUCAAGAAAUGUUGGCUCUGAGCUGUACACCAAUGUGUGUGUGCAUGUCCUUUCAAGGAUUAAUACAAACUCUGUGUGUUCUGCCAGUGCUAUGUACUGAAAGGACUUGCUGGGGGUUCAAAAGAAGACUAGAAUAAAAGUUUUCCAUUGCUAGUCCCAACCAAAAUAAACUGGAGUAGAAUACUAAAAUUCUUUUAGAGGCCUGGUACUCUGGGGGUCAGAAAGAGAUGGUGACUUCCUGGAACUUGAGUGAAUCAUUUUUACCCUUUUAAAGCUCUGAGAUACCUUGGAACUGACUACAGCUCUACACUGCUGUUUAGUUUGCACUUUGCAAUGGAACUAGGUCUGCAAAAUGCCUCCAUCUCCUCUUUUCCCUGUGUGAUACUCAGCUUGUAAGAGGUGGGGAGACUAAAACAAAUGAACAAUAUUGUGAUUUCUUCUGAAUUUCCUAAUGAUUGUGAAAGAGUAGCAGAAAGUGAAUCAGCUGGUAAUUUAUGUUUAGAGUUGUGUUGUGUGUGUGGUUUUUUUGUUCUUUGCCAGAGCUGUUGAUCACAAGAGGGGAGCAUCUCUUGUGCUUUCAGGAGAUAACUCUAUAUAGGUCCCCAGAUCUUCAAAUCAGGUAUCUAAGAUAACAACUAUGUUGAUUCAAAAACAUUCCUGGGCAGUAUUUAGUGCAAGAAAUGAUCUUUUUUUAAGAGUUCAAAUUGAAGUAAGUCUUCAUGAAAAAAAUAAAACCAAAACCAAACACUACCUCUUCUCAAGAGGAAAAAAAAAAUUACAAAUAGAAGCUGAAGCUUCUAGUUCUACCUUGGUAACAAUAGGUGGCUUUAUACAAAAAUAAUGAACUACUUUUCUACCCUGGCAGCAGAGGCAUUUAGAAGCUAGAGAGCAAAUGUACAAUUCUGGAUUAGAGCAUAAGAUGGAGGGAGCAGUUACCUUCUUGCAGGUGCUUGCUGCCUUUCUGAGCUCACAACAGACACAGAGGUGGAAAUAUCUUGGUGCUCAAAGCAGCAGCACAGGGGUAGCCACUUGAAUUCAUGGUUGUUGAGGAGAUGGUUUGCUCAUAUCUCUCCUAAUGUCCAUCUGGAUACAAGCAUGACUCAGUUGCCUUUUUCUGCCCAGUCCAGUGUUUCUGCAGGCUGUGUAGAUGCUGCUGUGAGCUGAAGCUGCAGGGCCAGAGUGGAUUUUGGGGCUUGGAGGGACUGCCAUGCCAGAAUCUGCAGAUAGGAGAUACCACAGUGAUGGGAAGAGGCAGUGGGUGUGGUAAGAUCAUUUUUAAACAGAGUGAAAUGAGAGUCCUAGAGAGGUGUUUGUUUCUCAGCAGUGCUGUUGAUGAUGCUGUGAUGGCAACAUGGCAACCAAGCAUCUGCUUUCCUACUGGGGCCAAAGACUUUCUAAUGCUAUGGGAGGUCCGCAGCCACUGAAGUGCCACUGUUUCUGCAGUGUACAUUCUUUUUAAGGAUGACUAAAUCUGUUGUAUAGCAGUUACAGUCAAUUCAGAAUUAAUAUGACAGUGCUUACAAAGGUCUUAAGUCUCUCUGCUCAUCUGUGACCAGUUACUUUUGGAUUCUCAGUUAUGGACAGCUGGAGAGAGGCCAGAGAGUGGGGUGGAAAAGCUCAGCCUUUUGCUAAGUCCCACCACUUUAAAAAGCUGAACAAUGGUUCCCUCCCCAAUUCCUACUUUAGGUUGAAAACAUAGCUAUUGGCUUCUUUUGCUUGAGCGUGUGGGCUAGAGAGCCUGCCUCUUCUGGUAAGUGCAUAUGAAGCAGAGAGAAGGAGGUGGGAAUGUUUCUGUACAGAGCAACUACUGAUUUCUAGCAAAGACAUCUUUUCUGAAGAAUGUUCUGAGCUGUGUCUAGAUGGGACUAAAAUGUCACACCAAACUGGCUUCCUUGUGUUUGUUCUUCAGUAGAGACAGAGUAGGUGAUGGAACCAGCUAAGCAAGCUGAGUAAAGGAGAAAAUUCAUAAUUCCUCAGCUGUGUUUGUGGCUUUUCUUCCUCAUGAUAUGGCUAAUAUAGAUAUGUGUAAGUCAUGGAACUAGCAUGCAGCAAAUGUGCCUCCUCCCCCCCUUGAAGUCCUUCAUGUUCUUGUGCACCCUGUAUCUUAGCUGCUGUUUUAUUAUUUCCUCAUUCUCAUUACUGAUCUACAGCAAAAUACUUCUAGCAAUAAAAUUCAUAUUUAAGUGUA